GAGAGAGCAGACAACUCCUGGUGGUGGACUAACUGUGCAAACCUAAAGUGAACAGCUCAGAAAAUGUGUAAGGGAUUAGCUGCCCUGCCCCAGACAUGUCUGGAAAGGGCUAAGGAGAUCAAGACUAAAUUGGGAACUCUGCUUCAGAAGCCAGAGAAUUCCAUCGACCUUAUUAUCCCCUACCAAGAAAAGCCUGAGAAGAAACCAGAGAAGCUUCAGAAACCCACACCUGAAGAAGCAGCCCAAUGGCGCGAGUCCCUUGAUAAGGUCCUUUCCAACAGCUAUGGCCUGGCCACCUUCAAGAGCUUCCUCAGAUCUGAGUUCAGCGAGGAGAAUAUUGAAUUCUGGGAGGCUUGUGAGGGCUUCAAGAAGACCAAGUCCUCCCUGAAAAUGGCCAUCAAAGCUAAGAAGAUUUAUGAGGACUUCAUUCAGACCGGUGGGCCCAAAGAGGUGAACAUCGACCACUGCACCAAAGAUGUGACUCUGAGGAACCUGGUGGAUCUUUCUCCCUCCACCUUCGAGCUGGCUCAGAGCCGGAUCUACACCCUGAUGGAGAAAGACUCCUUCGGUCGGUUCCUGCGGUCUGAGCAGUACCAGGAACUCCUCAAGUAAACUGACUUGUCCAGCUGCAGGGAGACUCAUCACUUUGGUCACAAAUUUAUGUCACAGAAAUCAUUUUUACUCCAAGUCUUUAAUGUACACUUUUUGACAAAUUUCUAAAGCUCAUUAAACGAUACCACAGUUGGUGGAAGUGGAAAACAUCGGGAACGGUUGCAAUGUCUCCCUGCAGCUGACUGAACUGGCCCACUGCUAACAAGAACAUCUUAACACAAUGUGAUUCCUGCCCAGUGCUCUGAAUGUCAAAGUCAAGAACUUCAAUAAAAGAAGUUGAUUAGGGUUAAGAAACAGUAUUGCUCCUUAUAAAAGUGUGAUUUGUCAUUAGCAAACAUUUAAUUUGUACAAGUGCAAAAUGCCAAGGAUUUGAAGCGCCUCUUAAAAUCUUGUAUAUAUGUCCUAUUAAUUGGAGUCACACUCUUUUCUGACCCCUGUAGACUAAAUAAAGACUAAAACUGAUCCCCACUUGUAAUUUAUGGCUUUUCGGAUAAGUGCAGAAGUGUUUCAUGUACUUUUGAUGAGGACGUUCUGACCCGAGCAUCUAAGCAGCAUGUUCAUCAAGGGGAAGAGGCUGGGGAAUGGGAACGGGAGAUUGUGGGCUUUUUCUUGGAAAUGUUUGCGUUAACAUUAAAAUGACCAAAUGGUAAACCAAUGGAAAUCAUGGGGAAACGACCCACUUAGUAUUGAAAGCUAACUAUAAGUCAAAGCUAAAAAAAAAAAGUGUGACAUGUUAAGAUGCACUCCAGUCUCUGGGAACUUGUUGUUUGGGUUACCGCUAUUAAAAGUUGCUAAGAUGGGAAUAUUAAGUAGGAGGGAAUCUCUAUAAAGCAAUGGGCACAUUGUUUUCUAUUCUAAAGGCAAUGUUUAUUCCCAUGCCACUUUAAAAGCAGAACACAUUUAGAUUAAGUCAUGGAAACCCAAAACAUCCGAGUGUUUUUUCAGACUUUCUACAACACCCAUUUAAUCACAAUACCAUAAAUGUAUAAGUUCCUAUAAACUAUUAUACUCUAAAUAAGAAUGAUUGCUGCAAAAUGUUAUUGAAGUUAACAUCAAUUAUUUGCUCUUAGCAUGUGCAGCCAGUCGUGAGUGAAGUUAUUGCAGACAGAAAGGCAUAUCAAAUAUAUGUAACCCACAUGUGUGAUAUUCAGUGUUUUUUGCAUGUUUUUAUUUCAAGUGUGUUUCACAGACACAUAUACUCUUGCAUGUUUCUUUAUUAUACUGUGUGUAGCUAUGUCACUAAAUCUAAUAACCUUCAUUCAUAAAUGAGCAGUGGUAGGUGCUUCCAGAAGUCCUUACUGAUGUUCCAAAAGCCAAUUAUUAGUUCACUGCAGGACAGGUUUAGUUUAAUAUGGCUAUCUAGGCAUCACCAACGUAAAGUAAAUUAAAUAGAAAUUGAAUGAAUUCAACAAGAAUUAGUUACAAUUUAAUUAAAUUUUUUAAAUAAUCUUUUAAAAUUAUUACAUUGGCUUAAAAAAAUACAGAAAUUUUGUCAAAAUUGUCAGUAAGGACUGACAGAGUACCUUGCAUAUUCAAGAAAUCUGCAUAAAACUAUAUGCAUGUAUGUUUGUAGUUGAUCAUAUAAAAUCCAUAAUCACA